AUGCGUUGUGCCGGGCCGAUGCUGUUGCUGCGGGGGCUGCUCCUCAUGGCUGCCGCUCACAGCGCAGUGCUGAGGCCUCCAAGGCAUCCCUCCAGGUCAAGGCAUCCCUCCAGGCCCAACGUGGUGCUGGUGACCUGCGACUCCUUCGAUGGACGUUUGACAUUUUAUCCAGGAAAUCAGACUGUGGAUUUGCCUUUCGUAAAUUUUAUGAAAAGACAUGGCUCUGUCUUUCUCAAUGCCUAUACCAACUCUCCAAUUUGUUGUCCUUCUCGAGCAGCAAUGUGGAGUGGUCUUUUCACUCACUUAACAGAAUCAUGGAAUAACUUCAAAGGUCUGGAUCCAGAUUAUGUUACAUGGAUGGAUCUCAUGCAGAAGCAUGGCUACUACACGCAGAAGUAUGGGAAACUGGAUUAUACUUCUGGACAUCAUUCGGUGAGUAACCGUGUGGAAGCCUGGACUAGAGAUGUUGAAUUCCUGCUCCGGCAAGAAGGAAGACCCAUGGUAAAUCUUACUGGUGACAGGAAGCAUGUGAGAGUGAGGAAAGCUGAUUGGCAGGUUACUGACAAAGCAGUGACUUGGAUAAAGGAAGUAGCCGUUAACCUCAGCCAACCAUUUGCUCUUUACUUGGGGCUAAAUUUACCACAUCCAUAUCCAUCACCUUACGCAGGAGAAAAUUUUGGAUCCUCUACAUUUUUAACAUCUCCAUAUUGGCUUGAAAAGGUAAAAUAUGAAGCUAUUAAAAUUCCCACAUGGUCUUCACUUUCAGAGAUGCAUCCAGUAGACUAUUAUUCAUCUUACACCAAGAACUGUACAGGAGAGUUUACGAAGCAAGAAGUGAGAAGCAUUAGAGCAUUUUAUUAUGCUAUGUGUGCAGAGACAGACGCUAUGCUUGGUGAGAUUAUUUCAGCUCUGCGAGAUACUGAUCUUCUUAAAAAAACAAUAAUUAUGUUCACUUCGGACCAUGGGGAACUUGCUAUGGAACACCGUCAGUUCUAUAAAAUGAGCAUGUAUGAAGGAAGUUCCCAUGUUCCUCUUCUCAUUAUGGGCCCAGGCAUAAGAAAGCAGCAACAAGUAUCAGCUGUGGUCUCUCUGGUGGAUAUAUAUCCUACUAUGCUUGAUCUAGCAAGAAUUCCUGUCGUGCAGAACCUCAGUGGAUAUUCUCUUUUACCCCUGCUGCUUGAAGAGGCAGAGGAUGAAGUGUCUCACAGAGGCCCUCGGUCCUCGUGGGUGCUGAGUGAGUUCCAUGGCUGCAAUGUGAAUGCUUCCACAUACAUGCUUCGAACUGAUCAAUGGAAGUAUAUCACGUACUCAGAUGGCGUCUCAGUGCCUCCACAACUGUUUGACCUUUCUGCUGAUCCAGAUGAGCUGACAAAUAUUGCCAUAAAAUUCCCAGAAACAGUACAAUCCUUGGACAAAAUACUUCGCUCAAUAGUGAACUAUCCAAGAGUUUCUUCGUCUGUUCAUGACUAUAACAAAAGACAGUUUAUCGCCUGGAAACAAAGUUUGGGCCAGAAUUACUCAAAUGUUAUUGCCAACCUUAGAUGGCAUCAGGACUGGUUAAAGGAACCAAAAAAAUACGAGAAUGCAAUUGACAAGUGGCUCAGCCAAAGGGAACCCUAAAAUAAGUAUAUUAAUAACAUACAAAUGUCACAGAUUUAAUAUAACUGAGGAGAUGGCAACAUUCUGCAUUUGCGAUUUUCUGUUGUUUUUCAAUUGUUAAAAUUAUUAUCUUAUGCAAGCUAUUUAAAGCAAAGAUGCCUGAAGUAUUACUGCAUUGUGCUAGAAAGCCCAAAGUAUUUCAUGUUACUGGCUGGUGUAAGAAAUCUAGAUUUUAUAUAUUAAAAUUCUGUAGCGUGUAAGAAUGCAUAGGAAGAAUGGUACGUAAGUUUUAAUCACGUCUCUAGGACAUGUAGCUGGUUGCCAAAAUGCAGAGUAUCGAUCAUUAGAACUUAACAGGAGAUUGCAAUUUGAAGGACAGGUUAAAGCAAGAAUUAUGUGUUAUGGUGGGAUACUUGUUACACUGACAUAUGCUAGAGCCAACUUUCCACCAAGGCAGACUGUCCAUUACAAAUACAUAGUCAUCCACUUUGGAGAUGCUGCAUGGAUUAGAAUUUCAUUGGAAAGAUAGCAACUAGUGGUCUGAACGUUAAUUUAUUUAUUUGAUUACUUUAUAUUUCAUCAUUCCAUUUUCACUCAGCCUUCGUAUUUGAAGACAGACCUUCUUAUCUCUGGCUUUUGGGUUUGGAUCUAGCAUGCAUCACUCUUCAAAAUAAAUGCGUAGUACUACUCAGGUGCUCUGGCUACCCAAUGGCUACACAUUAAAUGUGUUUGCAAUUAAGAUAAAUUGGUUCUUUGUUCACUGUUGGAAAUAAAAGGGGGAAAAAAAAA